UAAAUUAUAGUGCACGGUGUUGUUAUACCUGUUUGGUGAGUGCAUUUAGAAAAAAUAAGGACAAAAGAACAGCGAAAGGUGAGGUGAGGUGCAGAAGUAUUUUGCUUCAGACUGACAAGUUCUUGCCUCAACAACAACAACAAAAAAGGCUGAGAAUGUUUCCCAGUUGGGCUUUGAUUGCUCUGUUUUUCGUCUCCUGUGUCGGUGCUCAGAUCAAAGGGAAUGUGACGCCUGAGGCCCUGGCAAGAGGAUGGGGCAAAGAUAUUAAUUGGCUCUCCAAUUAUGAAGAGGGCCUGUCAGAAGUUGUCAACGGUAAGAAGCCUAUGAUGGUCAUCCAUCACAAAGAGGACUGUAUGUUCAGUCAAGCUUUGAAGAAGGAAUUUGUUGCUGACAAAACCAUCCAGAAAAUGGCCGAAGAGGAUUUCAUCAUGCUCAACGUUGUGGAGGAUACUGGAGACAAAAAUAUGGCACCUGAUGGCUACUAUGUUCCCAGAAUUCUCUUUGUUGAUCCAUCAUUGACCGUACGUGAUGACAUCACAGGGAGGUACAGCAACCACCGCUACACCUACGAGCCAACUGAUAUGAAACUCUUGGCGGCAAACAUGAAGAAAGCCAAAAAGCUGCUCCACAGUGAACUCUGAUGUCUGACACCACUGCAUAGCGUCAGCAGUGAAACAUGAGUAAAAUGUUGGAAAGCUUAAAAAACAAACAAACAAAAAA